CACUUCGCUUCUCUGCUGAGUCCCACUCCAGCCUGGAGCAGCACUCAGUGCCGUCCAGGCUGAAAGCAUCGGAGCUAUUUCAGACACAUUAAAAGGGUCACAGUCAAUACCUCAGCUGGUAGAAGAAGGUACCUCUUUCAGCAUCAAAAGGAGGGAUAAGCCUCUGUUGUAAAAAUGUCACAACAACCAGCAUCACAUGUCAAAGCCAUUCAGGCUAAUAUUAACAUCCCAAUGGGAGCAUUUCGACCUGGUGCGGGCCACCCUCAUAAAAGAAAAGAAUUUACACCUGAAGAAGUGGAGGAGAAUGCUUCUGCUUCAACGGAGGAGGAGAAAGAGAAGAAGCUGCUCCCAGGAGCUAAGAAGCUUCCAGGUCCUGCUGUCAACUUGUCAGAGAUUCAGAACAUAAAGAGUGAGCUGAAAUAUGUCCCCAAAGCUGAACAGUAGCUGGAAGAAGCAGAGAGGCAGAGGAGUUGAGCGGGAGAAAAUCAUCUGGAAUUUACUGCACAGAAACAUAAAUGAAGACCAGAGGAAAACAGAAAGCAAAGCAAAGGGGUUCUGGGACUGCAGAAUUGCUAAGAACCAGGAAUCUUAAAAGAAAUGGUGUAUAAUUUGAGUACACUACCUCAGUACACUCUGCAUCAUUAACUUAUUUUUUAUGUACAGUAUAUAUAUGCCAUUUGGAAGGAAAGAGUGUUGAGUCUUUUCUUGCUUUUACCCUGCUGUGUCAUAACGUUCCUGAUAUUUUAAAGAUGCAACAAAGUCUUUCUCUUCAGGAAACUUGGGGGAAAAAAUAAUUUUGUAAAAUAUAACAUUUUAGUCAUUUCACUAAAGCACUGCCCAGAGAAAUAUGAAUUUUUAAUGUGAGGCUUUAAAGAGGUUUUUUCCUGUAAGAGAUAUUGCAAUGUAAAUUUAGCCCCGUAUUUACUCUCAGAUGAUUGCUGGUUUUAACAUUUAAAAGUUUUUUUAGUAAUUACCUUACUGAGAAUCUGACAGAAACAUUUAGGGCAUGCUCAGAUGUUCACUCUAAAGUUUUCUACAGAAAGCUCAGCAAAGUAAAGGGCAUCUUGAAAGCAGAGAGGUUAUUAUGAAGUAAUUUCUGUCUCUGUCCUUCUUUUGAUGUAUUGGUUAUCAGGUUCUGACAGAGAUACAGACUUCUAGAUUUUGGGUAGUGCAGUCACAGAUCAUAUCUGAAAACUCAGUUUCCACAGGAGCUGCAGGUACAGUACUUGCUGGAGCCUGUGAGUUUGGAUGUUGUUCAGAACUAAGCAUGUGCAUGAAUUCCACAUAAAAUUGAGAUGUAAAUUAAUCACAUGCCACAUCCAGCAGCCUUGAGUGAUACUAAAUCUAAGGAGUGUCCCCUGUAAGAGGAAAUUCAUCAGAUACGGUGCUUAAGUUGUGGCCUGCAGCCUUGUAUAAAAUAUGAUAUUGUCAGAGAGCUGCUUUAUGAUUGAUCAAGCAAAUCCAGAGAAGAUUAUCUCAGUCUGCAAGAAAUGCACAGUCACAUAUGCCUGAUACUUUGCUCCAGCUACAAGGAGGGGUUAGAAAUCACCCUUUGGCUGUGAUGAUCUCAAAAGAAUGCUGAACUGACUGGUCAAUGGAAUAUGCCUGUGCAGAGUGUGUACUGAUAGAUGAGGGUGUCCUUUGGUUUUCACAGUUUGGAAAUUAAUUCUCUCUUACAUCAGUACUAUAAUCUUCUCAGAUAUUCACUACUGAGGGAUUUCCCUUUGAUAUUAUUUUUUUCUUUCUUGUGGUACUCUGUAGAAAAUACCUACUUUAAACAGUUAGAAUAACUCCAAAUACUCUGGAUAAUUUCCAUUAUUCUGUGAUCCUAUAAUAUGGUACAAUAAAAAAAAUCACAAGUACACUUAAACAUGCUGCAGAUAUCAAAGCUUUUAGAACCACAGGAGGUAAAGUUAUUUCCAACUUUACCCCCAGUAUUGUCAUAUUUCAUGGUUAGUUUCAGUAAAUUGCAAGCUAACAUGAUUAAUUUUGUAUUAAUUUUGAUCCAUGUUUUCUUGUUCAGUUUAGCAAGCAAACCCAGCAGCAAAAAUAAGAAGCCUACAAAGCAUUAAGUUGGUUCAUUAUUUGCAAACCCAUCCCUACAUAAUUUGCACUUUAGAGCAACUUCUGUUAAAUAUCUGUUGUCUUGCUCUUCGCCAAAUUAGGAAACAUGAAUAGACUUGCUAAGAUCAUAAUAGUGAGUAGAAGAGUUGGUGGGUGGAAUGUAAUUAAAGAGAUGUCAUGAAGCUGAAUCCACUGAAGGCCAUCAAGUGCUCCUCAGUUAAGAUAUUACUGUAGUCAACCCUUAUGGGGAUCUGGUCUAUCAUCUAUAAUUAGCUAAUUAGCAUAAUCUGUCAUAAAGAUUUUUUUCUUCCAUACCUGUACAUGAUGUGUUACAUGCAGCUAGUUUUAAUAUACAACGUGAGUUAUGAUUCAUUUCCCUUUUCCCCAUCUACAAUUUUUUUCUGCUCCCUUCACACCUGGACAUUUCUACAUGCACAGGAGUGAAGCAUAUGCAAAAUAAAAUAGUAGCAAAAUAUCAUACACUAAAAAUACAUGCCCUAUUGAAUAAGUAAUGGUGGGAAUCAUUUAGUUUGUGACAAAUGGAGCCUGCUGUGGCUGAUAUUUAUUGCCAAUUGUUGUGAUAUCUCAUGAGAUAACUAGUAUGGUGAUUGUACUUGAAAAUGGGCCUGAGCACAAACUGGCAUUUCACCUGAGAAUACAGAUCAGGGCAGCCAGUUACUUCUGCAACUCAUGUUCAUUCUUCAUCCUGUGUCCCUUCACCUUUGUGUCCUGAAGUGUGGAGGGCUGUGUAACAAAUCUUUUUAUGGUGAAGGGCCAUGGAGUCUAAAUGCUGGACUUUGGUUUCAGAGGACCUAAAUCUUCAGCUAAAGUGGUCUGGUCCUUUCCUCUUGAAGAAGAUGUUCUUCAAGAGGAAAGGACCAGACCAGACCACCAGAAAUUUACUGUCUUGAAGUUACAAAACUGUCUGUCAUGGACAUAGGGGCAAGCACUCCCAGAACUGUAUUCUGAUUGUGUUUGGAGAAAAGAAUUGUCAGGAUCCCCAUCACAAUGUUGAUGAGAUGGUUUCUACCCAUCUGAUGCAGUACUUGGAGAAAAAUUGUUGUCUUUACCUGGAGCUCUACUGGAGAGAGUGGAUUGAUUGCAGACGGUAGUUCUGUUGUCAGGUUACAGAAGCAAGGGGACUGUAUUUUGAAGGCUGAAGAACUAGCAAAAGCUUCCUAGGGCAGGUAAGACUUUGCAUUAUGCAGAGAAUUCUGCUCCACGUAAAAUCCGAAAUCUUGUCAACAGAGCAGCCUCUGAGAUUAGCAGUAUUUGGGGAAAAAAGAAAGGGUAAAAAACCCUAAGAGAAGUUCCUUAGGGAAUAAAGGUCUUAUAUCCAUACACAUAAGAUGUUCCUUGGUGUUGCUAUUAAAUAUUUACAUUAAAAAAUUUGUUGAUCGCCCCAGGCUAAAAAUGCACAUUAUAACUUUGCCCGCUAAAGAUUUAAUUACAGUUUCCUGCUAUAUAUUUCUCUAAAGCUGCCCCUCAGUUAGCAGCAGCCAUUUACCUGUCCUGGUGUCCCUGCUGUGACACACAGGUUAGUGUUUGCAUCUUAUUCCUGUGCUCACAUGGAUCAGAGGGGUACAGUUAAACUGCAGUACAGUUACAAGCAAGGUUAUGGCUUUUUUUCUCCAGAAAAAACAACAAUGCUUUGCAAGUAGAGGAUCUCUGACCUGCUGUGAGCCCUUGAAAGAGCACUGCAGUUUUAGGAAUAUGUGUUCAUUUAAUUGAGUCCCAGCAGCCAAAGCUUGUGUGAGAGAAGGGAAUCCUGCAUCCAGAGAAUGCCAUGGUAGGUCAGGAGAUGAGAUCUCCUGGAGUGGGAACUAUGGGGUGAAGAAGGAGGAUGUGCAUCAAGAAUUUCUGCAGGACCCUCCUGCCAAAGUCAGAGGGGUCAUGGGGAGGUCUCCUCCCUGUGCAUAAGUACCUAAAGGCAGGGUGCAAAGAGGACACAGCCAGGCUCUUCUUGGUGGUGCCCAGUGACUGGACAUCCCCCAACAUACUCACUGUGUGGCCAGUGUUAAUUUCAAAGUGCUUCUUGUCUUCUUCUGUCUAUCUAUGAUUUCCUACCAUCCUGCUGGUUUUGAUUCAGAACUCCCAAACCAGCAGCACUCAAGGAUUUCAUGGCCAGUCAUCAAUUUUGUUAGGUCCCUUCUUCUUGUAAAAUUGUCCUAAAGAACUAGGUAGUUAAAAGCUUGUAGAAUUUUUU